CCUGUCCCGCGCAUAUCAGCCGGCGCUCACAACUCGUUCACUAUAUAAAAACAGUUUCAAUAGUAACCAGCGCAAACGCAAGCUUCCUGCUCACCCGGCAAUGCCUUGAGCGAAUGCAAAACCGAACCGACCGCGAUGCAGUGCAGUUAAUGAAUUUAAAUCGAUGAAUAUUGUUUUAGAAAAAAUAAAUCGAAAUAAGAAAAUUGUGAUUCCAAUUCCAGUUUGAAUUUUCAAAUUGUAUGAAUUGGAAAUAUUUUUAGAAAUUUGUUGAGUGCUUGUGUUUUGGUUUUUCAAAAUGGUGGCAGUAUCGGAACAGGAUCGGGCGCCAAAACCAGAUGCGAUGUUCGGAAUGCGUCACGUCAUGGUUCUUCUGCUGUUUCUGUCCACAACUGUCGCCUACGCCACACGAGUUAGCAUGAGCAUGGCCAUCGUGGCCAUGACCAGUUCCAACGACUAUGGGUACCCAGUGUUCGAGUGGGAGCGCAGCAUCCAAGACCUGAUCCUGUCAUCAUUCUUCUGGGGCUACAUAGUGCUGCAGAUUCCGGCGGGCAUGAUAGCCGGGAGGUUCGGUGGCAAGAACCUCAUUCUGACUGCGAUGCUGUCCAACGGUCUAGUAAAUCUGUUCGUGCCGUAUGCUGCUCAAAAGGGUGGGUGGAUAGCGGUCUGCGGUUGCCGUAUUCUUAUGGGUCUGACUCAGGGUCUGCUGUAUCCAAGUCUUCACGGUUUGCUCGGCCAAUGGUCACCAGUUUCUGAAAGAAGUCGUAUGGGGACCAUAGUAUAUGCAGGAGCACAACUAGGCACUAUAAUCGAGAUGAUGUCAGCCGGAGUGCUCUCAGCAAGCAAGUGGGGCUGGCCUUCUGUUUACUACGUAACGGGCAUCACCUGCCUGGGCUGGUCUCUUUUGUGGAUCAUCUUCGGAGCCUCCACUCCGGGUAUGAGCCGAUGGAUUUCGAAGGAGGAGAGAAAGUAUAUUGAGACAAAUACUGCUUCGGCCGACAUUAGUGAAGCCAAGAAAAUGGUGACCCCGUGGAAGAGCAUUUGGAGCUCACUUCCCUUCUGGGCUAUCCUGCUCGCUCACAGCGGACAGAGUCUUGGCUUCUGGACGCUCCUUACUGAAAUGCCUUCCUACAUGGCUAAGGUUCUUGGGGUCGACAUUAAAAGCAAUGGAAUCUUGUCUGCACUUCCCUAUGUUGCGAUGUACAUCCUCAGUUUCAUCUUCAGCUGGUCGGCGGACUUCCUUAUCAACAGAAACAUUUGUUCAGUUUCCACUACACGAAAAAUCUUUAAUACAAUUGCAUUCUGGGGGCCUGCAGCGGCAUUGCUGAUCCUCUCCUAUCUUCCGCCAGGACACUUGACACUGGCGGUUGUAAUUCUGACUUUCACUGUUGGAUUAAACGGAGCUCACUACGUCGGUUUCUUAAUCACACAUAUUGAUAUAUCACCGAACUUUGCUAGUACCUUGAUGGGUAUAACAAAUGGCGUUGGAAACAUUUUCUCCAUUCUGGCGCCUCUUAGUGUCUCAGCUGUGGUCAAAGAUGAGGCAAGCGCUUCAGAAUGGCGGAAGGUAUUCUUCAUAUCGAUUGGUUUCUACUUCCUCAGUAAUAUGUUUUAUGUCCUCUUCAUGUCUGGCAACGUUCAACCAUGGAAUGAACCUAUUACUGAAAAUAAUAGUUUGGAAGAGGGAGUGAAAACUAAAGAAGUCAAACCAGGGAAAAAGAAUAGCAGUUCAAACUACGGAGAAGAGAAGUUUUAGAAAUGUAGAGUUGUGUUAAUGUUAACUUAUUUGUUAGCUGUGCUAGCUAGUCAUGUUGUUUAAUUGAAUGUGAGAACCAAUAGUUCAAAAAUAUCUAUACGCAAAAAGUGACAAUAAUAUUUUAAAACCAAAUAUAUCUGAAUAUUAUUUUACUAAAUAACGUCAGUAUAUUUCACAAAUAAUUUUUUCUUCACAUACUGCAAAUACUUGUUUCAUAAAUAUAUCAUUACAUUAUAGGUAAUAAUAACAGUUACUGUAAAUAAUUACUUAGUUUAAUAUUUUCCGCUAACAAACUUUCAUAAAAAAUGUGAAGGCGAAAUUUUACAAUAAUUAAUAAUCCUAAGUUUAGAGCCACAAUAGUACAAAGUAGUACAAGAUUUGUGUGCCAUAUGGCUAAAUGAAUUAAUACCUACUGUUACCUAAGGUCUAUGUGGUCAAAUCCAUCGAAAAUUUUUUAAAUACAAUACACAUUAUCGCCUUUUUCUAGCAAAGUACACUAUUGUUUAAUUCAAUGAAAAAAAUUAGCGCAUGCUUUUAGUAUCAGCAGCUAAAAGCUAACGGAUUUGGCCGCAUUGACAUUACAUUUUUGGAACCAUGUUUUAAAUUUUUCAGUGUGUUAAAAAUUGAAGUACUGGAUCUAUGUUUCUAUAAAACAAAAGUAACUCUUGGUUUGAACGACAGCUUUAAGAAUGCUGGUGACAUUGCGCUCUUUAUUGAAAAGAUUAUAAUUCCAAAUGUAUGUAAUAUAUUGAAGUCAUAAUAGACAUACUGUACAGCAAAUUUUGUCAUUUGGCUACGUUACAAGAGAUGAUUACCAACGCCACGUUUUUGGCGCGCCUUCGUGGAUGGGACAAUGGUAUAUCUGGACAAUAAUCUAAAUUGCAAUUUAGUGGCUUUAGGCGCUCAGAACUGGCAUAUCACACAUUGUUGUGUUAUGAAAUGCACAACACCAUAUUACGUUUUGCUUUCCAAUUUGGUAUUUUCCAUUUCUAGAUAUUGAAUGAACAAAAAAUUCAGAUAGAUGUGAACCAAUGAAUGUAAUGUACAGCUUGUUUUUAAAAAGAGAUUUAAAUGCUAAUAAUUACGAGUAUAGACAGAUUUUUUAUUAACGCAACCGAGUACCUUUAUCGUUAUAAAAUAGUAAUCACUAAUUGUAAUCAAUGAUUUCAUAUUCCUAUUCAUACUAGUCACAUUUAAGGAAGUCAUCAAAAUGACAAAUGCUAGAAUUUUAUUAAAGUUGUACCUUAAAAUCCUUUUAAAUCUGUUAUUGAUAGGUAUAAAUUGGUGCGAACGAGAUGUACACGACAUCAAAUAAAAGAUAAUGUUGAAAUUUUUAGUUUUAACAGCCAUACUAGACAACUAUAGUGAUCUCGGUUACCGCAAAUUAGGUACUUACCCAAUUAUAACAAUACACUAACAAACUAGAGCGCCCUAUUCUUAGGUAUAGAAAAAUCACUGCUGCGUUUUCAUUAUGUUAAUACGUCAACUAUUGGUAGGAUGCCGAUAAUGUAACCAAAUGUUUUAUUUCCUCAAUCCCGGAAAAUACCUCUAUUUAUACAAUGUCAAUUAAUACGCCCAUGACAUGGCCUGCGACAUAUUUAGCAUAGUUUUAAAAUUAAGCUACAAACUAUUUAAAAUGGCUAUCCUAAGUUUUUUGAGGACUACCCUCAAAACUCCUAAAACCGUGGUCACUAUCCAACCAACCACACCAAAGACCCCUUUUGUCUGGAUUCCAUUAUGGCCCGUACAUAUUUUUGAGCGUUUUAUGAUUUUUCUCCUGUCAAUAAGGGUGGUAAUAAUAAAUUUAGCUUAUGAUUUUAAAUGUAAAUAGUUAGGUAACUAAUGUACUAUUUAUUUGUAAAUUGAACAUUGAAUAAAUAGAUUUAAAAUA